AUGCACACCGUGCUCUCCCGCAGAGAUGACACAGGCUCUCCUCCCGACGGGCUGCGGUGGCUCGGAGGACAAAAUGGCUCCAGGGCUCUGCACAUGCUGACACCCUUUCAAAAUACAAAGAUGUGGUGUGUUCACAUCAAAAGGCAUCCCCGUUUCAUAGGCAGAAAGAAAAAGAAGACAAAAGGAAACCCCAAACAUCAAUACCAAGAACGUAAACCCCAGACCUCAGAGGGCGAGGCAGAGGAAGGCGCGUGCUUCGGCAGCGCUGCCGGCAGGUGGACUCCGAAAGCCCUCAAAGGAGGUGAGCUUCCUGCGGGGCCGGCAGACGAGCAAAGCCCGUGGAGGUGCCUCUUCGCCUUCGGCCUCCCGCUCCCCAGCACGGCCCGGGCGAGCAAGAUGAAGUGGAGGAGGAUUGUGACCUUUGCCGUCCUGCAGGCGCGGCUCCCAGUCACAGAUGCUGUACCAAUCCUUGGACUGACAGACCCAAGACUCUGCUACUUACUGGAUGGAUUCCUCUUCAUUUACGCAGUCGUCAUGACAGCCCUUUUUGUGAAAGCGAAGCUUAGCCAGGCCUCUGAAACACAGCUGCAGCCAGGCCAGGAUGAUGUGUAUAAUAAACUGUCUCGUGGACACAGAGAUGAAUAUGAUGUUCUGGGGGCAAAGCGAGGUGCAGACCCUGAGCUGGGCGGGGGACACCAGCAGAGAAGAAGGAACCCUCAGGACACCAUCUACACUUCACUGCAGAAGGACAAGAUGGGCGAGGCAUACAGUGAAAUCGGAAUGAAGGGAGAGCAACAGCGGCGGCGAGGCAAAGGGACCGAAGGUGUCUACCAGGGACUCAGUACAGCAACCAAGGACACUUACGAUGCUCUCCAAAUGCAGCCUUUGCCUCCCCGCUAA